CGGAAAGGGCAAACUCGGCGAAAUUAUAAGCGAUAAUCACGGCUAGCGGAGUCGCCAAGUUGCUGGGCGAUCGAGCGAGGUUGAUUGCGGUUGAUUUCGUUUCGCGAGUGGGAUCGUACGCAAUUUUACGGAUCGUUCGCCGCGUCGCCUUCGAUUUCGCGCACGUCGUUAUGAGCCAAUAGAAUUUUGACGAGUCCGAUCAACGCGCGCGGCAUGUCGCCGUCAUCGAGAGACAACCAGUCCCGGCGGUCCUCCGAGGUAUGCUUCCCAGAUUCGUGUCCGCGGCAGUGACCACCCCGACGAAAUUGUCGCGUUCACCAGUGCUGCAUAAUCGAACAAUGGAGAGCAACCCGGACGAACAACACGCGAUCAAAGUGAACGGAAAUGAGGAUCUACAGACGAAGAUUCAUAGGUUGGAGUCGGAAAACGUCAAGAUGCGAGAGGAGUUCAAUGUACAAAGGGCCAAGAUGAAAGAAUUGUUUCUUCAGAAGGAAGAGGAAUUGAAACAUAGAUUAGACGAGAACAUGGGUCUGCAGAAGGAGAACCUGAAACUGAGGAACGAACUGGACGAAGCCAAAAGCCAGCUAGUUGUGGCAGAUCUCAAGAUACAGAAUGACAUACUGGUGGAGAAGAGAAAAGCUCAGGAAGAAAUAGCGUCGUUGCAACAAGUUAUACAUGAAACAGUAGAAGAAUCUUCUUGCUCUAGGAAACAUCUGGUCAGUGAAGUGUCCAAGUUACAAUUAGCUCUCUCCAAACUUCAGGAGGAGAAUGCAUUGCUGAAAACGCAAUUACCACGUGAUCCACCGACAGAUGGACCGCAAAUCUCGUUGUCUACAGUAACUAAAACUUUAGCUAGAAAAGUGGUUUCACAAUUAGGUGCAGAUUCUUUAUCCUUAGGUCCUGAUAAUUUAGAGGAGAGCAUGCGGAAGGCACAAGAGGAUGCGGAAGUUCUGCGUUCGCUAGUCGUACCGCUCGAGGAGGAGAUAAAAGCUUUAAAAGAAAAAUUAAGAUCGACCGACGAUGAAUUGCAGAAAUGCAAAGAAACUCUAUUACAGAGACGACACCAAGAGCCGGGCUCGUUUGAGCCAUCGUGUGAUAUGUGCGCGAAUUACGAAGCACAAUUAGUCAAAGUAGAAGCAACUGCCAAGGAUUUGGAGAAGCAGUUGUCAGAUACUCAGCGUAUGCUGCAGGCUCAAAGAGAGGACUUGGCUAAGGAAGUGGAGUUCCGGAAAGAGAUGGAAGAGAAGUGGAACGAGAAGAAGGAGGAGCAUAAAAUCAAAGUCGCGGAGCUUACAGUCACCUCGCAAACGGCGCAGCAAACUUUAGUUGAAUUAAAAAGAUCCAUCGAACAAUUUCAGAAGAACGCAUCUGAGGAACUCUUUAAAUUGACGAGAGGCAGAGAGGACGUACAAAGACAUCUCACUGUACUACAGAAGGAAAACGAGAAUCUUGUUGGCAAGCAUAGCAAGCAUUCGCAACAGCUUCAAAGUGAAAGUAUCAACAUGCCAAAUACCGUGGAGGAGUUGCACGUUAGUCUCUUAAGGAUGCGCGAGGAUUUAAUUACUGCUAGAGUGGCGCAGGAGGUUGCGCAAGAGAAAGGCGAGACGUUGCGAUACGAAGUGACACUUUUGAGAGAACAAAUGGAGCAGGAGAGCAGGGUUAAAGAACAAGAUAAUUCUGUACUGAAGAACGAGAUAAGCGGAUUGAGAGCACAAUUAGACAAGUAUAUAAGAGAUCAUCGUACACUCGCUGAUCGAGAGGAGAAGCUCGAUCGGCUGGAGAAACGGUUACAAGAAAUUCAAAAAGAGAAGAAGGAUGCGGAAUUAGCUAUUAACGAACUACGGCAGAGAGUCACGAGUCUACAGCAAGAGUUGGACACCAGUGAGGCAGUUCAGAAGGAUUUUGUCAGAUUGUCACAAUCGUUACAGGUACAAUUGGAAAGGAUCAGACAGGCUGGUAGUGAAGUGAGGUGGCAACAUGAAGAGGACGUUGAAGAAUGUCCUAGUUGUCAUACCACGUUCUCAGUCACGAAGAAGAAGGUACAUUGUCGUCACUGUGGCCAUAUAUUUUGUCAAUCUUGCCUCUCGCAUGUCGUGAAUAGUGGGCCGAAACAAAGACCAUCCAGAGUCUGUGAUGUUUGUCAUACUUUAUUAGUGCAAGAUACCGCACCGUAUUUCAGCCAAGAACCUCCACAUACACCUGACUAAAUGUUCUAAAGUUAUGGAAUUUCUUAAUGCAGUUCAGUGAGAUGUGCAAUAUCAGUUUGGUAAUUAAGCGGUCACUGAUUGGCAUACCUCAACUGACGUACUGAUUAUAAAUUUGAGUAACGAUGACUCUCCUUUAUUUGUAGAGAGAGUUAGAAACGUUGAUGAUAGUGUAAGAAAGAGAGAGUGAGUGAGUGAGGUUUAGAUAAGAUUCCUAUUACCUGAAAAUUGGAGUGAUACACAGCAAAUAUCGUGUAAAUAUAAAGUUAUGUAUUAUCUCUAAUGGUUAUUGUAAUUUAAACAGAUUAAAGCUUUUGAAUGUAUGUGAGUUA